UUUUCAACAAACAUAAAGCUUUUAAAUUUUUGCUUUUGCUUUUUAUUCAGUUUUUUCUUUAUCGAGAAGAACAAUCACUUUCAUUCUUUAUCACCUUCGUUUUAUUUUUAUUAAUAAUUAUAGGGACUGGAUUGAGACGGGUUCUUAAAAGAAAAUCUAGGUUAUCGAGGUGAUAUUGGACGCAAAUGCGGAUUGCGUGAAAUUGCGUGUUUUUUUGACUUGCGGAUUGCGACUGUGGAUUUUAAAAUUAAAAUUGCGAGUUGCCGAUGGCUACGGAAGAUUUUUUUCAAUUGCGUCCACCUCUGCCUCCCAGUCCAGUCUCUAAAAUAUUCUUUCUGUCUAGAUUUGUAGGUUCUUGGAAAAUCUUUUAAUAUCCGAAACCGAAGAACUCUGAAAUCUCCGAAACUGAAAAAUCCUAGGGUCUUCGAGUCGAUUCCGAACCUCACAACCCUACUUUCAUCCUUUUUUGUCUUUCUAUUCCAAUCAUUUUUAAAUCUGUUUUGAUUUUUAUUAUUUUAAGUGCAUUCCUGAUUAUUUUUCCACAAUAUUUUUCUAUCAAAAAUAUUUAUAUAAAUUAUUACACGUUUCUAAAUUAUGUAAAUUCUUGAUUGUUAUUCUCAUAUCUCUUUUUACCUUUUUUGAAGGGCAACAUUCGUUUUUUACGUAAAAUACUCUUGCCAACGUUGCGAAUCAUUGAGAGAACAUGAAACAUUAAACGUGACAGUGUUUUUGGGAAGGAUAAAAAUAAAGGGGGGGUGUAGGUUUAGAAUUGAAGGUUCAUCACACAUUUGUAUGUGAGGCAAAACAACAGCAAUAUUUAUUUAUUCACUCAAUUUCUCCUCAUUAAACUUUUUUUUUUAUGAAAUUGUGUUUUCGUUAAUUUUAUUUCUCAAUAAUUUUUUUAAUUCGUCCUUUUUAUUAAUCAAAUUAUGAGGCAAAAAAAUUUAUUUUUUAUUAAUUAAAAUUAAAAAAAAUUAUUUUUAUUUUUUAGUCCCGUCCGUGAUUUUCAAACUCCUUUAACAGCCAGUCCUUCUUUUGGUUCAGAAUCCGGGCCUUUUAUUGCCGGAAUUUCACCUUCAACAGCUUUAAGCAUUCCGGAAGAAAAUUCUUUGUGUAAUUUUUUCUUCACUCUUCAAAAGGAAGGUGAACGUCGUGCAACGUUGUUACUUAUGUUAGAGCAACAUGAAACACAGAUAAUAGAAAAAUGGCAUGAGCAAUUAUCCUUGGAGAUUGGUGUUGAUGAGCUAAUAAUUUCUAAAGCUUCACUUACUCAAUUAUUACAAGGCUUACGCCUCUUUAUUUUGCCAAAGGAGGGCGGUGGUGGUUGGGAAAUGGCGGCCGAACAUUUACAAAAUACACUCUCAACAAUUUCACAACAAAAUUUAAGUCCUAGACAAGAGCCGGGAGCGCCAAUUAAUCAGCUGAUUAUUGCACUUUAUCUUUUUCCUACAACGGUUCAACCUCUACUAAAAUUACAAAAAAUCAAGCCACAUUGGAUGUUUACAUUAGACGAUCUUAUUCGUAAUGCAGUUCAACAAGCCUUACGUCUUUUAAAACCAGAAGAGCAACAACAAACAGCAAUACCUGAACAACAACAACAACAACAAUCUUUUAUUCAACAACAAAUGCCUCCAGUUUGUUGCAUUGAUGCUAAUAAUCGACAACAACAACAACAAUCUUCCCCUUCAAUUAUCCCACCUUCUGGAGGUGCUUCUUCUUCCUCAUUGUCUUCUUAUUCUGAACAAAUUAAAUUACUUUGUGAUGAAUUAAUUGCUGUCGAGAAACGUUUACUUGGAGUUCUUGAAGCAGCAUUUUCUGAUCGUCAAGAACGUAUACGAACAUUUUGUAAUGUUGCUGCAUCUUCUUCUUCUAAUCAUUUACAAGAACAAAAUAAUUUGUUAAUUUCUUCUUUAAAUGAAGAUAGCGGUAUUGGAAGUGGGGGAACAUUGACAACCAAUACAACAACCGGGGAUGUUGAUUGUGAAGGGGAUGAGUCGAUCCGUGAUUGGUUACGCCGAAUAGGCUGUGAUUUAACUUCAAUUUUGUUGAUUGAAAGUGAAUGCUAUACAAAACGGGAUUUACUCGAAUUGGUCACUCGUGAAGAGUUGAUUCGAUUGGGGAUACGGUGAAUUUAUUUGAUUGUUAUACUAUAUUGUAAUUGGCAAUAUUCACCUCUUUAGUAGGGCACAUUUUAAAGAGGGAAACUUGAAGGCCAAAAAGUUGUGAAUCGGGGAGGAGGUGUAGGGAGGGAUACAGGAGGAGUAGCUCUCACUUUUAGUGAAUCGAAGGGAGGCGCUCACUUUUAGUGGAAUAGUUUCAUGGCCCUUUAAAUAUAUUUUUUUACAAAGAAUUCUUUUAUCG